AUGAAGACCAAAUCUUGUUACUUCGAGAUUGUGGUGGUGUUGCUGUUAUCUGUUAUUCCCUGGCCAGGACCAUCUGUCUUUAAAAUAUCAUGCCCCCGGGAUCGCGCGUCCAUGGUGCGACGAAUCGUGCAUAAGAGAUGGAUACCAAUUUUAAAAAAGUAUCAGGUGGAAUUGCCUUUAGAAUGCCCAUUCCACAACAGUCGAGACAUUUUUUACCCUCAGCAAGUGGCCAAGAUACAGCACAGGACAUCACAGUGGACGUGUGGUCUGUGCGGAAAAUCCUUUUAUGCAGAAAAACAUCUUGAUGCACAUUUUGAUAGCAGGCAUAAAAGUAAUGUCAAUACGGCUGAAGAUGCCGUUUGUUUAGCAAAUUACUGUGACAUCAUGCGUUGUGAUGUCUUGGGUAUGAUGGAACUCGAUGGUUCUUUAGUUGACGAUCCAGCAGGUUCUGUAAACACAGAUGUACAAGUUUGGCGAGAGAAUACGGAUAGUAGGGUGACACCUUAUGUGCCCUGUGAAUGCCGUGAAUUAGCAAGAGUGUACAGUAGUAAUGCUGGUAGUGGUGAUAAAUCGGGAAUUAUUUCUGCAAAUCCAUCUUAUCAUCGUCACUCGAAGCAUUGCCAGACAGGUGAACGGGCCACUACAUCAGCUACUUCUUCAUCAUCAUCAACAACAACAACAUCAACGACUACCACAUCAUCUUCAUCUGGCUAUGAUCGUGAUGCUCCUCAUGAUACCGACAACAAGAGUAGCGCUUGUGAUAAUGAUGAUAACGAGGGUGAUAAUGAUACAAGCAAUUUAGUGGAAGCCGCUCUCCCAGCUUCUAGUGACAGACGUGAAAGAAAUCGCGAGUCAGAAAUGAGAAAGCUUAAGUCUAAUUGUAAUCCAGAAGAAUUACAAAAGCUCAAAAUACAGUGUGAGAUAUUAGUACGAGAUUGUAUAGCCGGUCUACUUGCUAAUCUCUCGAUAAAAGAUUUUCAAGAAAUAGAAGGAGAGUUAAAUCGUGCAAUUUGUUGGUACUUGAGUUGUGAUAGAUAUUGGGAAGAUACUAAGCGCCAUCAACGUCAUACUCCUUGGUACCUGUUCGUUACAUUUUUGUUUUUACUUUCAUCUGGUAUAUCUGCAUGUUAUUAUGUCGUCUCUCUUCUCCUCAGUUCGGGAGACGAUGAUUGCAUGGAUGGUAGCGAGGACAAUCCAGAUUUUCAUGAUGGACCAGAUCGACCAUCUAGUUCGCUUCAUGACCCUGGAGGUGAUGGUCAGUUAGAUGAGAGACGAAAAUAUGAAGACGAAGAUAGACUGAUUGCUGCCGGAGCGAUGCCGGAUCAUUACAUUUACGUCGCUUAUCCACCAGAACUUAAACGUCGUCUUCUAGAAAGUUGCUAUAAUCGAACGACGAGGUUGUAG